AGGAAAGGAAAAAAGUCGAGAGACUGUGGGGCUGGAACACAGGCAGCGGGAGCCUGGGCCGAGCAAUGCGGGGCUGCGCGCCCAAGCGGUCGCGAGUUGUGACUGAAGCCAGGAUGCACCGCCGGGCGCAGUGAAGAGCCAGAUCUUGUCUUCUCCGAAGGAAUACAGGCGGAGGGAGGGCCAUCCUGAGGACACGGAAGGCUGUUUGGCAGGCCACUGGCCCAGGUGACAGGACUGGGGCGGUGGGGAGUGAGCGAGUGCGCCCGGCUACGUUGGCUUGAAGUUGUCCCUUUCCAUUUUUGACUGGCAAAAACUCUCUCCAAAAAAAAGGGGGGGGACCUAAGCAACAACUACAAACAACAAAAUAUCUUACCCAACCCGCCCCUCUCCCCACCUUCAGCCUGCCCUCGCCCCCUCCCCAGGGCCAGAGCCGGCGCCCAGAGCGUCCUGACUUGCUGCAAGAAGCCGGCAAUGUAGGAUCCAAAGCUUUCUACUCCUGUGUUCUUUUCUUUCCAUUUUUUUUUUUUUAAAGGAGAAAACCCUGUGGUGGGCAGUGUGGCAUACAUACACAACCUGCCUUCAUACUCCGGACUAAAGCAGAUGCACUUUGACUUCUGACAGCUCUACCUCAAGCCGAAAAGAACCCAGCAUCGCUUUCCCGAAUCCCGAGUUCUUGGCGUCUUUCUUUUCAUCUGUUUUCAGUUUUAUUUAUUUUCGUCCCGCCUCCUUUCUCGGUGACCUUCACUCCUUCGCGGGCUUUGGACAGAAGAGCCGCUUUCUUGCCCGCUGGAGACUGGUUUUCCUCGCCUAGUGAGCUGAGGUGGCGCUGCUCCACCACGCGCGGCCCAGGGAUUCCUGGGCUGCCCCCUACCAGCCUGGUCUCUCCCCGCAUUUGAUUUGCCAGUACGGGUUUUUGCUUGCCCGACUAGAGUGGGUUUCUUCUUUUUGGAGGAGCUGGGAAAAUCAGGCUGGUUGUCUUCAGGAGUCAUUCCCCCUUGACUCUUAAUUGCCCUGUCGCUCCGGGCCUCACCGGACCAAACCAAAGACCAUGGUGCACUGUGCGGGCUGCAAAAGGCCCAUCCUGGACCGUUUCCUCUUGAACGUGCUGGACAGGGCCUGGCACGUCAAGUGCGUCCAGUGCUGUGAAUGUAAAUGCAACCUGACCGAGAAGUGCUUCUCCCGGGAAGGCAAGCUCUACUGUAAAAAUGACUUCUUCCGAUGUUUCGGUACCAAAUGCGCGGGUUGCGCGCAGGGCAUCUCUCCAAGCGAUCUGGUUCGGAGAGCGCGGAGCAAAGUGUUUCACCUCAACUGCUUCACCUGCAUGAUGUGCAACAAGCAGCUUUCCACCGGCGAGGAGCUCUACAUCAUCGACGAAAACAAGUUCGUUUGUAAAGAGGAUUACCUGAGUAAUAGCAGUGUCGCCAAAGAGAACAGCCUCCACUCGGCCACCACAGGCAGUGACCCUAGUUUAUCUCCGGAUUCCCAAGACCCAUCGCAGGAUGAUGCCAAGGACUCUGAAAGUGCCAACGUGUCGGACAAGGAAGGUGGUAGCAAUGAAAAUGAUGACCAGAACCUAGGAGCCAAGCGCAGGGGACCCCGGACCACGAUCAAAGCCAAACAACUAGAGACCUUAAAGGCAGCCUUUGCAGCUACCCCUAAGCCCACACGCCAUAUCCGUGAGCAAUUGGCCCAAGAGACUGGCCUCAACAUGCGGGUCAUCCAGGUCUGGUUCCAGAAUCGACGCUCCAAGGAGCGGAGGAUGAAGCAGUUAAGCGCGCUGGGCGCCAGGCGCCACGCCUUUUUCCGCAGUCCUCGUCGGAUGCGGCCGCUAGUGGACCGCCUGGAGCCGGGCGAGCUCAUCCCUAACGGCCCCUUCUCCUUCUACGGAGAUUACCAGAGCGAGUACUACGGUCCCGGAGGCAACUACGACUUCUUUCCGCAAGGACCGCCUUCCUCGCAGGCCCAGACGCCAGUGGACCUACCCUUUGUGCCAUCAUCUGGGCCUUCGGGGACGCCCCUGGGAGGUCUGGACCACCCACUGCCUGGCCACCACCCUUCCAGUGAGGCGCAGCGAUUCUCUGACAUCCUGGCACAUCCCCCAGGGGACUCGCCAAGUCCUGAGCCCAGCCUGCCCGGGCCUCUCCACUCUAUGUCAGCGGAAGUCUUCGGGCCUAGCCCACCCUUCUCAUCUCUGUCGGUCAACGGCGGAGCCAGCUACGGGAACCACUUGUCCCACCCUCCUGAAAUGAACGAGGCAGCCGUGUGGUAGCGGGGUCUUGAAUGGGCCAUGGGAGUUUGUGGUUGUACAGAGACGAGCUUUUAUUUAAGAAAAAUAAGGGGGGGAGGGAGACAUUAAAAAAAAA